UCCUGAUGAGUUCCCACUAGCAGUUAACAUCUUUCUAAAUCAUAGACCUCUAUUAACAUUUAAAAAUUAUCAGUUUGUGCUUAUGUUCUGUCUACAAUUCCAUCCAAAUUCAAUGAGCGCUUUCAAUGUAGACCCUAAGCUAAUUUCACUUCUUUAAAACAGAAAAAUAAACCAGUAUGACUUUGUGUUUGCAGUGGGAUCAUGGGACCAGGCCUCAAUGCCAUCAUGGGACCUCAGGAUGGGAGCAGAUCUCUGUUAUUAGAUGUCUUAGCUGCAAGGAGAGAUCCAAGUGGAUUAUCAGGAGAUAUUUUGGUAAACGGUAAACCUCGACCUGCUAAUUUCAAAUGUACAUCUGGUUAUGUACCACAAAAUGAUGUGGUCAUGCACACGGUGACUGUGAGAGACAAUUUAGAGUUCUCAGCAGCUCUCCGUCUUCCAAUGACUAUAACAAGAGAUGAAAAAAGAAGGAGGAUUAAUGAGGUGCUUGAACUUCUUCAUCUGGAUAAAGAACAAAAUAUCAAGCCUAGAUCCAAAGAACUCAGGAAAAGGACCAGUAUAGCAGUGGAGCUGAUCGCCGACCAUCCCAUUUUGUUCUUGGAUGAUCCCACCACUGAUUUAGACUUGACAACUACGACUUAUGUCGUAUCAGUCCUCAGAAGGAUGUCGAUGAAGGGAAAGACAAUCAUCUUCUCCAUCAAUCAGCCUCAGUACUCCAUCUUCAGAUUCUUUGAUAGCCUCACCUUAGUGGCUUCAGGAAAACUCAUGUUUCAUGGACCUGCAUGGGAUGCUCUGGAGUACUUCACAUCUGCGGGUUACCAAUACGAGUCCCACAACAACCCUGCAGACUUCUUCCUGGACGUAAUUAAUGGAGGUUUGUGUGACACAGAGGAAGAUGGCCAUGAAGCUGGAAACUAUGAAGAACUUUUUGAGAGAAAAUAUCAAGCCACAAAAAAAUUGGCCAAUAUGUAUGCCCAGUCCCGCUUACACAGUGACACAAGAGACAAACUGGAUCAACUCUUGGGGCAACAGCAGCUGGACAGGAACUCAGCUGUGGAGACCACAUUUGUCACCCCUUUCUGGAAUCAACUCAUGUGGAUUACCUAUCGAUCAUUCAAAAUUUUCCAGGGUUUUCCAUGGGCCACUGUGAUUCAGGCUAUUAUCACAGCCACGCUGGCAGCACUGGUAGGCAUCGCUUUCCAGAUCCUGAAAAAUGGUUGUAUUGAAGUAUACAUAAGAGCCGGCCUCCUUUACCUGCUCACAAUCUUCCAGUGCAUCACAAGUGUGUCUGCAGGGGAGCUCUUUGUGAUUGACAGGGAUCGCUUUCUACAUGAGCACACCAGUGGAUACUACAGAGUGUCAUCCUAUUUCUUUGGGAAAUUGCUGGCCGAGCUAAUACCCAGGAGGCUGUUGCCAAGUACUAUAGUACUUAUAGCAUACUUCAUAGCAGGACUAAAAACGAGCAUGAGCUCUGUCUUCACUAUGCUAUUUACCGUCAUGAUGCUGGCUUAUUCGGCCAGCUCCCUGCCACUGUCUAUAGGAGCCGGGGAGAAUGCAGUGGCUGUCCCAACACUGUUUGUGACCAUCUACUUUGUGUUCAUGCUGUUUUUUUCAGGUUUAUCACUAUAUUCCGGAAGCCUCCUGCCUCAGCUCUCAUGGAUUCAGUACUUUAACAUUCCUCAUUAUGGCUUUAAGGCAUUGCUGCAUAAUGAAUUCCUUGGACAAAACUUCUGUUCAGAACACAACAUAGAAGAAGUCAGUAGAUGCCAUAACUAUGUAAUAUGUACUGGUGAAGAAUUCUUGACGAUCCAGGGCAUCGAUCUCUCAUCGUGGGGCUUCUGGGAGAAUCACCUGGCUUUAGCUUGUAUAAUGAUUAUCCUCUUAACAAUUACCUAUGUGCAGUUAUUACAGGUUAAGACAUUAGAAGUUCUUAGAUCGCGGGGCAGGAAUUUUCUUCAGUUGUUUAACUAAAUACCAAAGUAUCUUCUGAAUGUCUGUAAUUGUAUUCCUGAACAAAUGCUACAUCCAGCAUGACCCAGAGAGGAUCCCUCUGCUGUGAACUCUGAUGAAUGCAGAGACUCAUGGCUGCUCACAGUACAGGGCUAAGGGACACUCCAGUGCUUAUCUCCAACAGGACACCUAUAGUGUGCCCUCUAUAGCUCAGAGCAUUGUAGAAUAGAAAGAGUGCAGGAGCCAGAAUAUGAGAAGAAGGAAUGGAAAUGCAAUAUUUUGGUCCUGCACAGCCAAGGCAACCAUGGUCUGUGUCUCAACUCUAUGGCUACCUACACAAGACUGGAUCCCUCAUCAGCACAGAAGGAACAGAGGAGAACUCAAUGAGCUCAUCCCCCAUUCUGCUCAACUAUCGGCUACUGGCAGAUCAUGGGGGAGAAGCAGUCAUUGAUUUCACAUGUAUAUUCACAUUUGAGCCUACCAGACUCCAGUGGAAAGUCUGAAACCCCUGUAUCCCACAGACAGCCCUGUUUAAACUCUGUGGGUCAUAAGACAAAGAUGUGGAUGUGAGAAAGAGACUUGUAAAGAGGAGUAUUUGAAGGGAUUGUAAGGGAAAUAAGAGAGGUAUGGCAGAGGGGGAAAUGGCUGAAAUGCAUUAUAUAUGGAAUGGUAUAUUUGUAAAAAUAAAAAUUUUAGAAAAGUAA